UGCUUUAUGGGGGGGAGGAAGGGGGAAACGCGGCGUUACCCGCAGGGUUUUAGCUGCCCGUGUUGUUGGUGCGAGUUGGCUAGCUUAGACUAGCAUGCUAACUCGGCGCCGUGUGUCCCAAUUCUUUGUCGGUGGCAAAGCCAUCGAUCUGGAUGCUGCCAGAUGUGGAGUCUUGGACGUUACAGCGACCCCGCAGCAGCACACCAGGGCUAGAAUGUGCCUAUUAAACGUAGCUAUUGAACAAUAUCACACGCCAAUAUGUAGUUGACAGACACAGUGGUGUGGAAUCGAAAUAACUGUUUGCUGAAAUAGUCUGGAAGUUUUUCUUUGAAUAGGAAAACGGGGGUCUGGCUCGGGUUUGCCCAGGUGACACCGGUAUUGUGAUGCACUCCCACCUCGUUUGAUCCAGAAGAAGGGGGAGGAGGGUGUGACGAUCAUGGUCACUACCACAACACCCACCUCUGGCUCAGGGCAACACACACACACUUUGCAGGACUACUAACAAAUGAUUUAACCUCAGAUCACUAAGGGUCCUGAACUUUUCUGCUGUGUUUGUGACUGGACGUCAGGAAAAGCUUCUCAUCUCUCUCUCUCUCACACACACACACACACACACACACACACACACACACUAAACAGGAGCAGUCAGCAGUGGACGUGAAUGUUUGGUUAAAGGUGGGCAGAAUGUUCCAGCUCCCUGUCAAUAACCUGGGCAGUCUGCGGAAAGCAAGGAAAAAUGUCAAAAAGGUCCUGGGAGACAUUGGAUUGGAGUUCUGUAGAGAUCACCUGGAGGACUACAAAGACUUCACUCCACCAGAGGUGUAUAUAAAACACACGAGCUGGGAAGAUGUGUGCAUGUGGGAACCAUCACAUACCAAAGUCCAGGACUAUAGAUCGAAACCUUUCUGCUGCUCUGGCUGCCUCUUUUCAUCCAAGUACUUCUCUGCAUACAAGAGCCACUUCCGCAAUGUCCACAGCGAGGACUUUGAGAACAACAUCCUGCUCAACUGCCCCUAUUGCACUUACAAUGGCAACAAAAAGACUCUGGAAACGCACAUCAAACUUUUUCAUAUGCCUAACAACGCUGUGCGACAGGGCCCUGGUGGAAUGGUUGCAGGUGCUGGUGGGCUCAUGAUAAAGGAUGGCGUGUUGAAAAGGGCCGGGGACAGCGUAGAGCAGGCCGUGUACUACUGCAAGAAGUGCACAUAUAGGGACCCUUUGUACAAUGUGGUGCGGAAACACAUCUACCGGGAACACUUCCAGCAAGUAGCCCAACCCUAUAUUGUGAAACCAGGAGAGAAGACAAAUGCUCGGAGUGCUGGCACAGCGGGAGCCCCAGGAAAUACAGUGAACAAUAAUGCCAACAAUGUUACCAGUAACCAGAUUCAUUGCAAGAAGUGUCUAUUUGUUCCAAGGACCUAUGAGGCGCUUGUUCAGCAUGUCAUUGAGGACCAUGAACGAAUUGGCUACCAAGUGACUGCCAUGAUUGGACACACCAGUGUGAUAGUCCCCCGUCCUAAGCCCAUCAUCAUGAUCCCGCCAAAAACUCAAGGAGACAAGACCAUCAUUGGAAUGGGUCCAAAGGGUGCAGUUAUGGCCACUACUAGGUCUCCUCACUCACAGCAGCUGAGUCGAGUUGUCAUGGCAUCAAAGACAGGCUUUAACUCUCAAAGUCUUCUAUCUGGAAUGAAGCAUGAUGUCCUGGGAUUAAAGGCCGGAACCACCCAGUCGUUCUCCAUUGGCAGCCAGCAGGUGAGGGUUACUUUACCAGGCAAUGCCCAGGUUUCUGUGCCCCAGCAGUCGCAUGCAGCAAAGCAGCAAAUAUCUAGCGGUGGCCUGCGAAGUCCGGUUAUGGUUGGUACAUCUUCCUCACUUAAAUCCAACCCUCUGGGGUCACGCGUUCAGGCAGCAGCUACUACGGUAGCAUCUGUCACCGCCAAGAAAAGCGGUUCCUCGGUCCUCGGAACGUCCUUCACCCAGAAGUGGAAAAUUUGCACCAUCUGCAAUGAGCUGUUCCCAGAAAACAUGUACAGUACUCAUUUUGAAAAAGAGCACAAAGCAGAGAAGGUGCCUGCUGUAGCCAACUAUAUCAUGAAGAUCCACAACUUCACCAGCAAGUGUCUCUACUGCAACCGCUAUCUCCCCAGUGACACACUGUUAAAUCACAUGUUGAUUCAUGGGUUGUCCUGUCCACACUGUCGGGCAACAUUCAAUGACGUGGAGAAGAUGGUGGCCCACAUGCGCCUGUCUCACCCAGAUGAGAGUGUUGGCCCACGCACAGACUCCCCCUUGACCUUUGAUCUCACUCUUCAACAGGGCAAUCCCAAGAAUGUUCAGUUGAUUGUCACCACCUAUAACAUGAGAGACGCUCCAGAGGAAUCUGUGGCGUUUCAUGCUCAAAACAACACCACCUCUGUUUCAUCAGCCUUGUCUGCCUCCCUGCUCUCAGGCAAGAGGUUAAUGCCUCAACACCCUCCCAAAACAUCUUCAGGGGCUGCUGACAGUGCACCAAUGAAAAGUAUCCCACAGGCAUCAGUGCCCUACAAAAGAGAUGUGGGCAAGACGCUGUGUCCUCUUUGCUUUUCUAUUUUGAAAGGCCCUAUCUCAGACUCUCUGGCCCACCAUUUGAGAGAGAGGCACCAGGUGAUUCAGACUGUCCACCCUGUAGAGAAGAAACUAACCUACAAGUGUAUUCACUGCUUGGGGGUUUAUACAAGUAACAUGACUGCUUCCACCAUUACUCUGCACCUAGUCCACUGUCGAGGUGUAGGGAAAUCCCAGAAUGGGCAGGACAGCCGGGUAGCUCAUACUUCUCGAGUCAGCCAUUCCCAGAGCAGCACUCAGAAACGGACUAGUUUAGACAGCUCUGACAGUAGUGCACCAAAACGACGGAGACUGGGGCCACCUGGGGAACGGGUACACCCACGAGAUAUGAAUGGCCCACCAACCUUUAUUGAAAAUCCAGAUGAACCUGUAGUUCUGGCUCUUGACCCCAAAGGACACGAGAAUGAGUCAUACGAGUCCAGGAAAGCAUUUUUAACGCAGUAUUUUAAUCACGCGCCGUAUCCCACACAGCGGGAGGUGGAGAAGCUGGCGGCCAGUUUGUGGCUGUGGAAGUCAGACAUCUCUACUCACUUUGUCAACACAAGAAGAAAAUGUGCGCAGAAAUGCGAAACCUACAACGCCAGCGUGUUGCUCGGGUUUAAUAUGCAGGAGCUCAGCAAAGUGAGUCAUGAGCUAUCAUUAAUCCAGGAUGGUAUCUACGAAGGGAGAGCCAGAAAGACACGGACGUCUAGGACACGUUUGGGGGUGUCCGAGAAGGCGCUCCAGAGACACAGGGAGCUGAUGGCUACAAAUGGUGGUGUGGUCCCACGGCCUGCAACUGUAGAAGGUACCAAAACAACAGCACCUGCUCCCAAACCCAACGGUGCCCGCAGAGACCAAACCAAGACAAUCAAAAGCACCUUGCCACAGAAAAUGCCUAUAGACCUUUCUGAGCCUAUUGCCAUUGACUCUGACAGCGAUGAGGAAGAGCAGCACAAGGAGCAAGGGGGAAAGGUGCAUCACCAUGGUAACGAGCAGCUUAACACAGCUAAGAAAAUGGAGCUGAGGAUAGGGGCCAAGACUGUUUCAGACCUAGAUAUAUCUGAUGACGAGGAGGAUGAGGAGGAGGAGGAGGAUGAAGAUGAUGAUGAUGACGACGAGGAUGAUGAUGAUGAUGAGGACAAUGGGGCGCAUGUUGAAAAUGGCUUCGGGCCCACAGAGACUUCAGCAAAACAAGCUGCUAAUGACAGAAACACUUUACCCAUCAUUAUCCCCAAGUUUGUACCAUCAUCUGUAAGAAGCAGGAGCGACGGAGCCCAGCUGGGCAAACAGCAGGUCUAACUGGUUAAAGGCUCGCACAUCGUCAGAGGGACGCUGUAGAUUUAAUCACAUCAACAAAGCUGCCUCAUCUGAACUGAAGGACGCUGCCCUGUUGCACUGGGCAUCUGUGAAAGAGGCAGUAAGAGGAGGACGACUGUCCUCGAGUGAGAACUCAACACAAGCCAUUUAAUGACACGUAAAGCAGGGCCCAACAAGCAGCUGAUGUAAAGAUUUGUAAAUUUUUAAGGUCCUCGUCCCAAACAUGGGAGUGUAGGCGCAAAGACAACAGCGAUGCCACACCAAACAAAUAGAGAGAGGUUUUUACCUUCUAUAUACUUUAUUACAUUGAGGUAACCACAUUUUAGCCACUGAAGUUGUAACUGUGGCUUAAGAAUUGAUUUGUUGUGAGGUAAAGCUAUUAGGCUGACCAGUACUCCAUAAUUUUUCAUGUAGUUAUACUGAGAUACAGUAGUUAGUGUAAAUUUGUACAGUUUUAGACAUGUUUGGACAGAUGUUGCCGUACAUGUACUUAAAUAUUUGCUAUUACCUGUGUGUAAGUUAGGCUCAUAUGUUCCGCAUUGGUAUGCUUAACAAUAGGUGUCGCUUUAGUGGCUGGUAUUUUCUUCUGUGUUUAAGUUUAUUUUUUAAAGAAACUCCCAUUUUUUGGUAAAUAAUAUAUCUAUAUCUAUAUAUAAACAAAAUAACAGAAUCAAUUUGUUUUUUUUUUUAUUUGAAUAAUAUUUUUUCCUGUUCCGAAAGAAGCGUGAAGACGACCUGUUCCCAUUCAUUGAUCUAACGAAGCAUUUCAUCCACUUUAUGCAGCCUCGUGCUCAUUGGCCUUGACUGUGCUGUACUUGCUUUAUAUAUUUUGUUCUCAUGUUUUUCUGCCCCCUCAAAACUGGACCGUAAUCACAUUACUGACGACCACAGAAGUAACAGCAGGGUUUUUUUUCCAGAGUUGUGUUAAAAUGUGUCAAUUAUUUGAAUUGUGUAUUUGUUUUGUUUUGAUUUUUCACUUAAGCAUUUAUGAACAAUAAAGUUCUGUAAUUGUGCUUCUCACAGAA